AUGGGUUGCGGUGCUUCCUCUGCUGCUACUGGUACUACUGAUGAGGCUGUGAAGACCGUCCAUGCUGAAGAGCCCAAGGCUGCCGAGUGUGCAGCAGGUGAGUGCGUUGAGGAAAUGCAAGAGAGCAAGAUUGUUGUAGAUAAGCCUGCUGGAGAUAGUGGUGAAGAUAAGAAGCCAGAAGAGAGUCCGGCCGAAGAUGAGGAAGGCCCUAAGGACCCGGCUCCAUCUGAAGAGGAAGCUCCGGCUGAUACUAAGGCGGCGGCUGAGGAGGGCGCCAAGGAGGAAGCUCCUGCGGCCGAGGCGGAGAAGGCUGCUGAAGAAGGAAAGGCUUCACCGGAGGGGGCUGCUGCUACUGCUGAGUAG